AUGGAUUCUUUUAAAGAAAAGGCUCACGUUCUUUCCGAAAUUCGUUCUAAGUUUACGAAAUUGGCUUCUAAAUUUCAAAAUAAUUCAGACCUAAUUUCUACGAAUUUUCAUACAUCCUUUCGUCAAAAACUAUUUGUCGAUUACGGCUAUGGUUCAUCAAUUUAUGUUGAUGAGGCUUCUUUCUUCAAACUUUUUGAAAAUCAAUUAGACAACGAAAUACCUGCCGAGACGAUACACCAAGAUGAAAUGUCAAAAAUAGAAACAUGCUUUGGUGAAAGCGUCAAAACAAAAUACUUGGACGCUGUAAAUUCCGCACAUAAAUUUUGUCUUCAAAAAUGUCGUGAACAAAAACAAUCUGCAUUACGAGAUAUUUUUAUGCUUCCAUCCGGAAAUAAGGAACAAGUAAUCAAAACAUUAAACCAAAUAGAUUCUUCUUUUGUGGAUAUGCUAUCACAGAUGAUUGAACAGUUUCGAGUCACAAUUGGAUUUUAUAAUACUAUUUCCAUGGAUCUUUCGUAUAUCAAUCAAACACGUUUUACAGACGAUACCAAGCAAAUUCUCGAAAGCUAUUUUUGCGAAAUAUCCGACCGACCGAACCAUUGUGACAAGUCAAAACUAAGUGAAACAACUGGGUUGUCCAUCAAACAAAUUGAAACUUGGUUCAAUAAUAGAAGAAACCGCGCCGAAAAAGAUAAUGAAAAACUCGAGAGAUUGACCACCGAAUUUUUGGAUAAAAAGGUGGAUUGGGAAGAUAAAUUCGCUGCUGCCAUAUCAGGAAAGAUAACUGCAAAGGAUAUGAGAACCAUCAUCAUUCAGACAUUCGAUCUUCCAUACACUGAUUUAAUUGAAGAAGAACCACUUGAAUCAUCCUCCCGUAAAAAGUCUACCAAAACCCAUAGACGUCUUACGAAAGAAGCUCGCAAGAAGGCCGCACCUUACAACAAAUCAUCACCGAUGACAACAAAAAUAGCAAUGAUGCGAACAAAUGAAGUUAAAAAUGAUAUUCUUCAAGAUGAAGAUUCAAGAGAUUUCAUUUCUACUGCUCAAUAUUCCACUCAGCUCUACGGAAAUGAAUUAUCAACAGGGUCUAAUAUGCCUCAACAAACUACAACAGAUGUAUCCGAUAAUUCAGUUGCAAAAACAAAAAUGACCACACUAAAAAUUCGUCAUCGUCCCAAUAAAAAUUUGGCAAGAACAAUAUCACAACCAUAUAAUCGCACCCAACAAAAUAAACAAGUAUCAAACAACAUUGAACAGGAUCCAGAAAUAUCUAUAGAUAGAGCUCCAUCCAUGGACGAGGAACAAUUUCAAAUAGCGGAGGAAAUCCAGCAAGAUCUGGAUUUCACCCAAGUAGAUGACGCGAUGCAGUAUGCUUCGCUCCCCAGUAGUUCCGCAAGCUCCUUUGAAGGAGACAUCUUUGAUUAUAUAUCCACAUACGCUCCAACCACAAGCUUUAGUAAUUUAUCAGACAUAUCCGACUUUAGUCAAGCAAGUGACGUAGUCGAUUUCGAUCAAUUAAAUGAUAUCUCCACUUUGAAUAGUUACUGCCCAACAUUACCUUUUGUUUUCGAACAAUAUGAUUCUUCAUCCAUGGUGAUGCAAUCGUCGGAUGAUCACGAUUUUACUUUCAAUGCGGUUACCAUACCUAAUUUAUCCGACAGCUAUUUGGAUUACGCGUCAGGCACGAGUAAUUUUGUAUCAAAAGACACUUUACAAAACCAUGUUUCGGAGCAGGAAUCCGCAGUUGACAUGACAAAUCAUUACAAUUUAUUUGAUCCCUUACUUGAUAAUGAUAUGAAUGUUACUCAACAACAAACUUACUUUGACGAUAGUAAUUUUAUUGUCGAUCCGGUCUAUGAAAAUAUUGACCCUAGCGAUGUAGAAUCAUAA